AACCGGUCCCCGCUGUCCAGUCUGUUAAAAUACAUUAAUUUCACCCUACCCCAAAGAGUAGCUGUAGACUCGCGCAAUCAUGUCUGCCAGCCAUAUCGCUGCCAACAGAAACAGCACCCCCGAGGGGUCCAGCUCGCUCCGCCCUCCCGCAGCCCGUACUUCGCUCGGCGCCGGUCACCAUCUUCGCGCUUCUGCUGACAUGGGCGGCUUCUCCUCUCCUCUGGCCAACCGCGGCAUUCGCCCCGCCUCGGAAAUCUACUUUGGCCGCAAUGCCACACAGUCCGGGAAUCCCGACGAGAUGGAGCGUGCCGCUCAGCAGUGGUUGGCCGACAUCGACCAGUAUGAGACGACCCUCGAGGAGAUGGCCACGGCCACGCUCGACCAGGACUUCAAGGACGAACUGAGCGCCAUUGAGCAGUGGUUCCGCGUUCUCAGCGAGGCCGAGCGAACUGCCGCCCUCUAUGCUCUACUCCAGCAAACCACUCAGGUGCAGAUUCGAUUCUUCAUCCAGGUCCUACAGCAAAUGUCCAAGAGCCUCCCCAUGUCUGGCGUGCUUUCUCCUGCCAACUUUGGAGAAAAAGACCCCAUGACGCAAAAGUUGAGCGACGCCAUGAGCAAGCUCAGCACGGGCGAGAACCGCCACUCGAUGGGCCUCGGCCGUCCCCCACCAUCACCAGGUGCUGCAAAACGCAACUCUGGUCUGGAUACAUCGACCAUCAAUCGCAUGUUCCCCGAUGCCGCAGCCGCUAUUGCCAAGCAGAAGGCAGAGUUCACAGACGUUGUCGGCGUCGCCCCGGCAUCGAACCGCAACAGCACUGUUGGCGACCGCAGCUCUUUGGUUGCACCGACCAUUUCUGGCCCCGACGAGAGCAACAAGAGGGAGAACAACGCACCCCCGGCCUCGCCAUGGAACGAGGCACAAAAUCGCCCAAAGUCAUCUGGCCAGCAGCAGCAUCAAGCCAUGGGCCAAUUCACCGCGCCACCGCCGUCUGCCGGACUUCGCUCUCCGCGCCUUCCGCUUCAAAGUGAUAGUAGCAAUGUGCAGACGACGACAUUGAAUGCUUUGGAGGCAAACUCCACCAACAUGCCAAUGCUUUCGCCUUCCUAUGCCCCCGGUGGAAGCUGGGCAUCUCAGCUCAGCACCCCCAUGGUCGCAAAUUUCAAUCAACCUAACAAUCAAGCUGACAUGGUUGCCAACGCUACCGCCAUGAAGCUGGCUGCUCUGUCUACUGUGAACAAUCGUAUUCAAUUGGACGACGUUCGAAAAUACCGCCGCGCUCGUUCUUCCGAUAACGGUCCUCUAUCCCCAGGUCUACCCCACAUGGGCAACACCAACAUCCUCAUGACCAAUGAGCUUGGCCAGGUCUUGACUCCGCAGCAGGCGGCUACUCUCCAGGCGCAGCAGCUGGCUGCCAUGGCCAGCGGCCGAUCUCGUCCAAGCUCUCCCGGAUUUGCCUUGCAAGGGCAGGGCAUGGGUGUUAUGGGCAACUUCGCCUCACCCCAGGCCAAUGGCUUCUUGAGUGCCGACUAUGGAGGUUCUGGUCUUAUGAAUAAUGGAAUGGGCACUCUGAACCUCAGCCAGUUCGGCAUGGGCAUGGGCAACGACAGCCAUGGCUUCCAUGGCGACCAAAUUGACCGCGGUCGAUCUCCUCGUGGCCGGCGCGGUAGCUCGAAGCCCCCGGAGGAUCCUACCGAUCCCAGCUUGCUUCAGGAUAUUCCCAACUGGCUUCGGAGUCUCCGUCUGCACAAGUAUACCGACAAUCUCAAAGACCUCAAGUGGCAAGAGCUUGUUGAGCUAGAUGAUGACGGUUUGGAGAAGCGCGGAGUGAAUGCUCUCGGUGCACGAAGGAAGAUGUUGAAAGUCUUCGAGCAGGUCAAGGAGGCCAAAGAUGUCGGCAAACUACGAUAGACUCCUACAUUGCCGUCAUGUUGUCCAAAAUGUGGGAAUGAUAUUUCUCUCCACAAUAUAGAUAUACGAUGGAAGAGCGACACUCACCAGCUGGUUACGGACGCCAUCUGUCCGUCAGGUCUGGUGCGCAAAUGAUUUUCAUGUCUU